AUGCGCCGUGAGGCAGAACGACGACAGGCCGCUGCCCGCCCCGCCCCCCUCCCCGCCCCGGCCGCCGCGCAGGCGCAGUUCCGCGGGGUUCCGGCCACGGGGAGGGAAAGGGGGGGGCGGCGGAGGGAGGGCGCGGCACAGGCGCACGAGGGACAGCUGAAGCGGCGUGCGGGCGCGGAGCAUGCGCAGAAGGCAGGCCGGCAGGUCUAUGUGGCGGGCGUGUGCCGGCGCAGCGAGCACCAGCCGUUUCCUCCAAGCAAAGGGAGCAUGCGCGGAGGCGAGGGAGACGAGUUUCGUAACCGGCGCAGGCGCAGUGCGCUGCUCGGGGACCGCAGCCCCGCUCGGUGGGGGAAAAAAAAAAAAAACCACCUCAGAGUUACGUCAGGAAAAGACGCCUUUGUACACGGGGAGACCCAUACGGCGCGGGCAGCCCCCGAAACGGGCGCGAGACGCGGCCGUUACUCACCCUCUCCGCCGCCGGCCGCGCCCCCCCCUGCUGCCCCCCUCGGCGCCUCCUUUCACGGUUCGCCCGCGCGCGCUGCUGCCACCGCCGUGAUUCCAUCCAUCUUGAAUUUGACGUCAUCCCACACCAGGGAUGAGGUCAUCGAAGGGAACGCUCGUCACGUGCGCAGCGCUCCGAUUGGCCGGCGGGGGAGCGGGGGGCGAGGCGCUGCCGCGGCGGGGAGGGUAGCGGUUGGAGACGGUUACGGGGGUUCCCCCACCCGCCGCCCCUCCCCCACAGGGGGGAAGGUGCAGCGCGGUUUGCGAAGAAGCUCGGUGUCUAGUGGCACGCACGUGGCGGCCUCGCAAGCUAGUCCACCGUUGCCCGGUAUUAACAGGGAGGCACAUGGCCGGGCCCUGGUGGAUUUUGGCUCCGACCCUUUGUAACUGCUGUACUCGUUCAUCUUGAUGUGAUAUGAAAAAUGAUAAUGGACGUUAUCAUUGCUUUAGGCUUGCUUCUCAUUGAAGUUAUCCACUUUGAAUUAAAUACCUGAAUAGGGCUUUGUGUGUCAAAAUACAAGUAUUAAAACAGAAAUCAGAA